UGGCAGUUCUCCAUAAACUCUCGUCUCGGUCGACACGAUCAUAAUGAAGCUCGAUGCAACUGAUCUCCGAUAUAUCACCUCAGACGAGUUCAGAGUGCUUUCAGCGGUCGAGAUCGGGUCUAAAAACCAUGAAAUCGUGCCCACACCACUCGUCGUUCAAAUUUCUGGCUUAAGAAACGGCGGAGUCAACAAACUUCUAGGUUCGCUGGCGAAAAGAAACUUGGUAGGAAGAGUUCAGAAUGCGAAAUACGACGGGUACAGACUAACAUAUGGCGGAUACGAUUACCUGGCCAUGCGUGCACUGUCUAAGCGUGAUUCCAUAUACUCGGUUGGAAAUCAAAUUGGGGUGGGGAAGGAAGCAGAUGUAUAUAUUGUCGCAGACGGGGAAGGCAAUGAAAUGGUGCUGAAACUCCACAGAUUGGGCCGCAUCUCGUUCCGCGCCAUCAAGGAAAAGAGGGAUUACCUCGGAAAGCGCAAGUCAGCGUCGUGGAUGUGCAUGUCUCGUCUGGCCGCUCAAAAAGAGUGGGCGUUCAUGAAGGUCCUUUACGAACACGACUUUCCCGUCCCUAAACCCGUUGACCACGCACGGCAUUGCAUACUCAUGGAGGCCAUCGAUGCCUAUCCUCUUCGACAGAUAUCUGACAUCCCUUCCCCGGGGAGAUUAUACUCCACAUUGAUGGAUAUCAUCGUUCGACUCGCCCAUUCUGGACUAAUACACUGUGACUUCAACGAGUUCAAUAUACUUAUACGUAGAGAUACUGGGGAGCCUGUCGUCAUCGACUUUCCCCAGAUGGUCAGUACGUCACAUGAGAACGCAGAAUGGUAUUUUAACCGGGAUGUUGAAUGCAUCCGGACGUUUUUCCGCCGCCGCUUCAAGUACGAAAGCGCACUUUAUCCCCGAUUCAAAUCAAUCAAGAAUGAGGACGAUAAGGAAAGUCAGGGAUUCAGACUAGAUGUCAUGGUCGCGGCCAGUGGAUUCGCGAAGAAGGACCAAAAGUUCCUGGAGGAGUACAUGGAAGCUGUGAAGGCUGGGGAGCCAAGAGAGAACAACGAUACAUCAUCUGGAGACGGAGAAGAGGAAGAGGACAGUCAAGGAUCUGAUGAUGCAAGCGAUGACGAGAUGGAAAGUUGCCCCAAAGGAUCGCAAGAUACCGGGGCUGAGGUGACUGAGCCAGCAGGAGCCAGCACACAGCCACUUGAUGAUCACGGAACAAGUCAAGAUAAUUCGCCUCCGUCUCGAUCAUCGAGUCGAUUUUCUCAGCUCUCUCGGUCUCCACCACGAUCGCGCUCGCCUUCUCCUGACACACUAGAGAAGAUGACAGUAGCGAUGAGUCUGCAUACUCCAGAUAUACGCGAAAGGGUAGCGACGGAUCUGGCAAGACGCACUCGGCAACAGAAAAAGUACCACAGUAAACGCGGUGCGCUAAGAGCAGGUCGGCCUCAUGGCAGCAAAGGGAAGCAGGAUCGGCGGGUAAAAUUAGACAGAGAUGGGUUUUGGUGAGAGUGGCGAGGGGGGCGAUGAUAUCGCCAGAAAAACGACGAUGACUACUUGGUCGCAGGUGUGUGCUACUAAUGGUAAUGAGGAUGGCGUCCGAUCGAGUGCAGGAUGUGGUACGUUAGGGUGUACCGUGACCUAAGGGCCAGCCGUUCCGAUCGGAUGACGGCCAGCGAGGUGCAUGCUCCAUCACCUCAAGGCAAGGC